AUGUCAGCCGAUUCAGAAAAGAAGAUUCCAAUGUCUGAACAUUUGUUCAGAUAUUUGGGUCUCUUGUUUAUUUGUUUAAUUACAUUUGGAAGUUAUUAUAUUUAUGAUAUUCCAGGUGCUUUCCCAUCAGUACCACAUCCAACUAGUGCUGAUCCAAAUGGAACUAUUUCAGAACUUGAAAUCUAUUAUGAUAUUGGAGAUACACAAUAUGGUAUUCUUUAUUCAGUUUAUAACUUCCCCAAUAUGGUCAUUGUAUUCUUUGGUGGAUACCUCAUCGAUACAGUAUUUGGUUUGAAAAAGGGAGCAAUGGUCUUUUGCGUUUUGGUUAUGGCCGGACAAAUCAUUUUCUCACUCUCUGCCUCUUAUAAGCUCUAUUGGUUGGCUUUGGUCGGUCGUUUGGUGUUUGGUCUUGGUGGUGAAUCAUUGUCGGUGGCUCAAUCGACAUUUUGCGCAACAUGGUUCAACGGACGUUCAGACAUUAACUUUGCCUUUGCCAUUACACUUGGUUUCUCGCGUAUUGGUAGUGCUGUCAACUUCCAAGUCACACCGGAAUUGAUCAAGUCACACUCUAUCCCCUUUGCCGUGUGGUUUGGUGCUAUUACCUGUGGUGUUUCAUUCAUCUCUUGUAUUAUUUUGCUCGGUCUCGACUUGAUCCGUGGUAAAAAGGACAAGGACAAAGAAGCCUCCAAGAACGACGCCGUAUCACUCAAGGAUAUUGCCAAGUUCCCCGGGUCGGUAUGGCUCAUCUUUUUCGUCGUCGUCUUUUUCUACGUCCCACUCUUUGUCUUUAUCACCAUUGCCAACAACAUGCUUGCUAGCAAGUUCCCAGGCUGCGACACUGCCAUCCUCACAUCCAUCCCAUACUACACUGCUGCACCAUCACCACUCAUUGGUUUCUUGAUUGAUCGUGUUGGUCAUAACCUCAGUUUCAUGGCCGGUGCCACCGCCCUCAUGACUGCCGCUCACAUUGUACUCGGAUUUACCAGCGCCAACCCAUACAUUGGUAUGAUCAUGCUCGGUGUCUCUUAUGCCACCAUGGCCGCCUCUAUCUGGCCAACUAUCCCAGCCCUCAUCCCAUCCAGUCGUCUCGGUACCGCCUACGGUCUCGCUUUUGCCUUCCAAAACGCCGCCGUCGCUCUCUCAACCCUCGCCAUCAACGCCAUCCUCCAAGACACCAACAAAAACUAUCACAUCACCUCUGCCAUCUUUACCUGUUUUGCCGCCGUCGGUUGUGCACUCUGUAUCGUCCUCAUCCUCGUCGAUAUCAAGAACCGUCGUAUCAAUAUUCCAUCCGCCACAAUGAAGGAGAACACUAAACUCUUGAAUGCUGCUUCAUCUGAAUCUGCUCCACUUUUGGUUAAUGAAUCUGCCAACUAA